AAGCUAAAGUUAUUUCCCUUGGCUUUCGACACCGUGCCGAAAUGACCUCUUUUGUAUUAUUAGGAAUUAUUGAUGAGCCAUGUAGUUCCUUACAGAUAGAUUUUUCAUCAAGUAAAAUAGGCGGAAAUCCCGAUUGGAUAAUACCUCAAACAAACCCAUUAUGUGCUGAAUGUGAUAAACCAAUGGUACUGGUUGUACAACUUUACUGUCCAUUAGAUGGUUCAAUAUACCACAGGACACUUUAUGUAUUUACAUGUGUCAACUGCAAGGACAAUAAAUGGACAGUAAUACGUCAACAAAGUCUGAGCAUAACUGAAAGUAAAACAAUAGAAAAAAAAUUACCAUCUACAAAAAGUGAUGAUGAUUGGGGUGUUAAAACAGAUGAUUGGGGAAGUGAUAUGGAUGAUUGGGGAGCUGAAGCAGAUGAUUGGGGAACAGAUGCAGAUGAUAGGGGAGGAGAAUCUAACGUAAAUGGUCUAGCUGAUAACACAUUGGACUUCAGCACAGAACACAAAGAUUCAUAUAGCACAGAGUCAGUUACUGGUAAAAGUCACGAAGAAUGCUUUAGAAGCAAUAUGAAUAACAAUCAUCAGUUAGUAACCUGCUCAGACUUAAACAAACCUUCAAAAUCAAGCUUGUUGGUGGAAAACAUAGGUAGUGUGAACAAUGAUGAAGAAGAAUUAGUAUCAGGAUUAUCAAAUAUAGAAGUUGAUUCUGAGAAUUCUAUGAAUGUCAUAGUUGAGGAUGAUAUGGUUGAUACAGACAGAUUAUAUGAGGUAAUGUCAGUUAUAAAAGAGGAAUCUAACAGUGUUGACAAUACUUUACCUAAUGAACUGAGUUUACUCUCAUUUUAUGUCAAUGUUUUGGAGGAGCCAGAAGAUAGUUUGGAUAGAGAAGAGGAAAAACAUAUAAAACAGUUACUAAAAAGUUAUGAGAGGGAGCAAGGAGCUGUUGAUGAGGAAAUGCAGGCAAGAGGCAAUAGUAGUGCUGGUGAGAAAUAUGAGAAAGCAAAUCGGGCUGAUGAUUAUUUUCAUAAAUUUUCCAAGAGAAUAGGAAGAUAUCCACCACAGAUAAUUAGAUAUCAAUGGAAUGGAAGCCCUCUGUAUAUCAGCAAACCUGAUAAAGACUUAUCUAAAGCUUCACAAGGAAAAUGCCACUGUUGUGGUAGUGAACUUGUUUAUGAGUUUCAAAUAAUGCCAGGACUUAUAACCAAACUUAGCUUUAGCAAAAAGAAAGGAAUUGGUAUAGAAUAUGGAACAGUAGUUAUAUACACGUGUAAAGCAAGUUGUUGGACUGAGUCAAACAAAGGGUAUACUGAACAUUUGUUUAUACAGUCAGAUCCUGAUCAGCAUUUGUUGAAAUAAUUGUAUUAAAAAAACCUGAUGACAAA